AUGCAGUUCAUGCUUCUGUUCAGUCGACAAGGAAAGCUCCGGCUGCAGAAAUGGUACGUGCCCCUGUCUGAUAAGGAGAAGAAGAAGAUCACCAGAGAGCUGGUGCAGACCAUCCUGGCUCGGAAGCCCAAAAUGUGCAGCUUUCUGGAGUGGAGAGACCUAAAGAUUGUAUAUAAGAGAUACGCCAGUCUGUAUUUCUGCUGUGCCAUAGAGAACCAGGACAAUGAGCUCAUCACACUGGAAAUCAUCCACAGAUACGUGGAGCUGCUCGAUAAAUACUUUGGCAGUGUUUGUGAGCUUGACAUUAUUUUCAACUUUGAGAAGGCCUACUUCAUUCUGGAUGAAUUCCUGCUGGGUGGGGAGGCUCAGGAGACGUCCAAGAAGAAUGUUCUGAAGGCCAUCGAGCAGGCUGACCUGCUGCAGGAGGAUUGUCCUGUACUUACCUCCAUCCAUCUUCCCGUGAUCCCUGACCGACCUCCCUGUCCUUGCUGUGGAAAGCAUCUCCCCAGCAGAAUGCUGCCACCACCAUGUUACUCUGUGGGGAUGCGGAGACCCCUCGCAGCGUGCUGGAGGAAAUCGGACUCACAUAAACAUUUUUUCCAUCCUCAUCUUGCUCUGCCCUCAGACCCUGUUAUGUGCAGGCUGCUGUUCUUCACAGAGCGGAUCACUUUGAUUCACCUUUGAACUAACACAAUCACACAUAUGGAUGGUCAUGUUUGCCAGUUUUUCUACUUUCUCAUUUAAAAAUGUUGCACUAUUAUUUUUGUUCUACCGAAUUAUUUCAGCGGUCAGAGUGAUGAUAUGAAUGGAAAAUAGCAAUUUAUUAUUAUCUGUUUUCUGUCAAAUAACAUAGCAGACUAUAUCAUGUUUUACAAAGGGAAGUCAAAGUAUUACAUUAGAACCAAAGAGUAAUGCUUCAUCACUGGGAAGUCAUUACCAGCCUAUAGUUUUCAACUAAGGAUCUGUGUGAAUUAAAAUAAACUCACUGUGAUUACUCACUAAUGCACCACUGUUCAGUCUGGAAUAAAAUAUGUAUUAUUUUAGUUUACGACCUCACACCACUCUGAUCGGUUAACCUUUGGCUUUACAAACAGCAGAUUUAAAGUUGAAUGCCUUAAACCACUGAUUAGUCUUCAUAUGAGAAUAUAUUUGUUUUGUAUGGCAGCAAUGUAGCAGGUAAACUCACUGGAUUGGUUUUACUUGAUGUAAGCUGAAUGUUGUUUUUCAUGUAAUGUUUACUCCGGCAGUGAUUGUUGUUUCUUUUAGUUUUGUGAUGUAUAACUAAAACUCAGAGCAUGUUGAUGAUUAUAACAUACAGCUAACAAAAACCCAAAAACGUCUAAGAAAUCUAAAACAUUAUUUAAGUGAAUGUUAAUGGAAAGUUGAUUGGAAGGAAAAAGUGUGGUAGAAAAGGUGUGCUAGCAGCAUGGAUAACUGAGAUCGUGAGAGGAUUAUGCAGCAAAGUUCAAUUAGACUUCAUAUUUCAGUAAACACUUGAAAUAUACUAUAUUGCCAAAAGUAUUUGCUCACCCUUAACGUCAGGUGUAUUUUAAUCACUUCCAUAUCCACAGGUGUUUCUGCAAAGUCAAUAGUUACAGACUUCUUGUGGCCUUCAGAUUAGCUCAACAGUACACAAAGAGCUGAAAAGCCUGACACUACUGGACAACUAGUGGAAAUGUGUUCUCUGGGGGGAUGAAUGAAACUUCCCUCUAUAGCAGUGGUUCCCAACAUUUCUGUUUUAACUGCCUCUCCAUCUUUCUUAUUUAUCCAUCUUUCUGUCUCUCUCUUUACGGUAAAUGAUAAAUGGCCUGAACUUGCAUAGCGCUGUAUCAAGUCCCCUGCUUUCCAGGUUUUUCUGGGCGCACACUGUCGGGAGCGGAUGUUCACAUGCAUGUGAGCGUACGUUACUCAGUGUGUCAGCAGCGGUGACACAGAGUCUGAGGAGUGUGUUUUCGUCCAGCUUUUGUCAAGUUUGGCCAUAGAAAGUAGAGUAGUAACGACGCAGGGACUGAAAUGACUCAUAAAGGGAUCUGAUAAAAUCAAUGACAUUAAAUGUUAAAAAGUACUAUUACUACAUUGUUGGCGGGGCAGGGGGGGCCCAUAUGGAUAAGUCCUCAAUAAACAGACAUUUUACCCUAAAAAAUCAGCAACAGAACACUUAACAAAAUAAUGUUCAGGCUCACUAGAUUAGUUGUACUUUGUUUUCAUCAUUCAUUCAUUCAUCAUUCAUUCAUGAAUGAUUUAAUGAGACACCUGAGCUUGCUUGUCCUUGAUAAGCUUUGAUAGCUUUGGAGGCAGAGUGGAAACAGCUGUUACUUUUUCCUCUCUUGUUAGCGGAGCGUUGUGCAGGUGAACAGCAAUGACACCCCUGUUCUAAUCUUUCCCAUCUGUAGUUGUUUUAUUUUGCCUUUUUUGCUCUUCUGGUUUAUAAAACCUUGGUGUAUUUUGCACCUGGGUCAUAAUAAAGCAUCACACAUCCAAGAAUUAUCCCUACUAACUGACAGUAUUUACCCCUCAUCUUGGAAAUAAAAUAUUAAAUGUUUCCACGUACCACCUGCUAUGUGCUCACGUAUUACUAGGGGUACGAGUACCCCUGGUUGGGAAUCACUGCUCUAUAGCACUCCAAUGGAUACGUUUGUGUUUGGCACUUUCCAGGAGAACAUCACUACCCUGACUGCAUUGUGUCCAGUGCAAAGUUUGCUGCAUAGGGGAAUCUGUGGGUGGCUCUGUCUUUUUGGAAAGGACUCUUAAUGCUUCAGCAUAGUAAGACAUUUUGGACAAUUUCCUGCUCCAGACUUUGUGGGAACAGUUUGGCCCCUUCCUGUUUCAACAUGACAGUUUGGUGAGGAAAAACUUGAUUGGUGGGCACAGAGUCCUGACCUCAGCCUCACAGACACCUUUGGGAUGAAUAAGAACAGAGACUGAGUGCCAGGCCUUUUCCAACAUCAGUGUUUGACCUCACAAAUGCGCUUCUCGAGGAAUGGUGAAAAAUUCCCAUAACUCCUAAACUCUGCAAAGCCUUCUUAGAAAGUUUGAAGCUGUUAUAGCUGCAAAUGUUGGACCAACAACAUAAACUGAUUAAAAAUAAGGAGUGACAAUAUUUUAUUGGCAAUAUAGCACCUAUGAUGGUAAUAAAUAAAUAUAAAUUGUUUCACUUUUGAACUAAAUUACUGAAAUAGAUUAGCAUUUCAGUGAAAUUUCUAUUUACUAUGAUGCUCCUGUAAGUAGCCGUCAAAAAUAAAAAUAAAAUAUGUACCACCCAUACUUUCUAAAUAAAUGGUGUUCAUAGUAACAAUGAAUGUUAAUCAUGCAGAACAAUGAAGAGCAGAUUUACCAUAUGACUAAAUGACACACUGUGAUCACAGAUAUAAUAAAAAAAACUUCAAUGGUCAUCAUUUCUGUUCUAAGAAGCAAUAGAACCAUAAACCUUCACAGUGAGUGUGGAAAGUGCUUUUAUGCAUUGAAACUGUCACUUUUAAUCAUUUGAUCAGAAAAAAGCUGCACACAUAAAAUGCCUUGGACGCAGGACUGUACAAAUUUCUUGUUAUACAUUUGCAUUCUUCUGUAUAUCCUAUUUGAUUCACAUGCUGAUAAAGCCUAAAUUCUGCUGUUUACAUUUUUUCUGUAACUCCUGAUGAGCAGUUUCUUCUCUAAGAGUUUGUGUGACAUAAAAUCUAUGGCACGCCGUGUUGUAUUUACAGUGAAAUAAAACCCGUACCUGAUCA